GUGCUAGGAAUUUAGAUUCGGACUUCUACCUAACUUUGUUUUCGAUUCCUUCGAGUUUAUUCAGUAGGUAAACAACACAGCUAGUAAACGCACAUCAGUGUUUUUUCCAAUUUUAGAUAGGAACACAUUGUAUAGGUCGGGUAUUAUUUAUAUUUUUGAUAACAUUAAUGGAUUCAAAACGCGCGGCCCUGGAAACCGGUGACGGUCCGGAUGCGAAGCGGAUGGAUAACACCGAGGCUCGGGACAAGGCCAAGGAGCCAUCGCCGGGCGAUGGUAACCAGAUAACCAUGCUGGGCAAGCAUGUGGCCCCGUACACGGGCAACGGAUGCACUCCUCCUCUGGAGUCUUAUAUGUUCGAGACGACUCCCGCUGGGAGCCAACUGAUGCCAUGGAACUCGGCCGCCGAUGGGCCAACUUCCGAGAACGAUGCGGAGCUGGAAAACAGUACCAGUGAUAACAAGAAACCCGGAACUACCAAGAUGUCCCGGCGGGAAGUGGCCAAACGCCGCCGCGAGCACACUUUGAAGGCCCUAGCCCUAGAGCGCGAGUUAACGAACAAGCCGGGUCAGUCACCCUCAGCCGUGGUGCUGCUUAUUCGGUUUCCAGACCCCGAUAUCACUGCUCCCAUGCUGGCCGGGAUAUCGAAAGAGAUUCGUGACGUAGUCCUGCCCGUCUGCGUGGCUCCGCGCUACUGUCUAGUGCACCUGAGGGCCGGAGCCGAUGUCGAGGCCACCAUUCGUGAUAUCAACAAGGUGCGCUUCGGCACCGGGUUUUUGCAGGCCGAGCUCAAGCCCUUCUCCGAUGAGGAGCAGGCCGAGUUUAUUGAUCCUUGCUCGUUGUACGUGAGCAACAUACCCUUCAAUAUGACCACCUCGGCCAUCAAGGCCUACUUCGCCCACGCCCUGCGGGUGGACAUCGGAGUGCUGAAGCGAGAGAAGCGCGCUCGUUAUGCCUUCGUUCGAUACGCGUCGCCUGACCAGACAAUGGAGGCGUUCAAGGAGCUGGUUGACUCUCCACUUAAUAGCCGGACUCUUAUGGUCCGGUACCGGAGGCUUCGGAAGCGCGCAGGCAUGCCCACAGUGAAUUGUAACAGCUGCCAUCAGAGGAUGCCCUCGCCAAGCGCCGACGAUGACAACGCCGACUGCAAGGUAAUAACACCACCGCCCGUGGAGUCGAUCAUCAUCAGCGACAGCGACAACUGCUCUGACUCCAGUGGCGACGGCAAGGGCAAGAGCAAGCCGAAGGACAAGAUGAGCGAACAAGAGAGGGAGAUACAAAAGCUCAAGCGUCAGAUGGCCGAAUACGGUGCUAUCAUAAAGAACUUGCAAGUCAAACAGAUCACCUUAGGAGAUUUAUUUAUAUCUGAUCUUACGCCGAAAACAGAGCCGUGCGCGAAUCCAUCAGCUUGUAUACUAGGAUCCAAUGCGAUCCACCUAAUGCGCGACAUCAAAACGGAGUGUGCCUAUUUGGGGAUUCCCGAUAAUGGCACUGCCGAUCAAGAACUGGCUGAAAAGCUAACCCCGCAGCCUCUAGACGAUAGACGGAAGAAAGUCAAAAGUCCCUUCAGACGACGCAAGAGUGCCAAGCAGACUGCUGACAAGUAUGAGGAUUCGAGGGCAUCACCAGACAAGGAUGACAGACUCGAGGAGCUCUACGCUCAACUGGAGUGCGAUCCUUAAGUUGUCAUGCUUACGUCUACCAAAUUACUCGUCGUAGGCGACUCUAUCAAUAAUAAUUUUGUUUAUUUUUUAUUGGA